AUGCGGGCUCCACCUGGACGCACCCUCGCCCUGGUCCAGGAACACGGAGGGCAGGAGUGCACCCAGCAUCCAGCCUCGGAGAAACAGAUCUGGGGUGUCCUGACCACUAGGCCCUGGAGAUGGAGGUUCACUUUUGGAGGGGGGAGCUCACUCCCUAAUUCCCUAAAGCGCUACCGGGCACCUGGAGCAAAGAAGUGGCUGGAGUGGAGGAAAGAGGCCGAGCUGCUCUCAGACAUAGCCUACUUUGGCCUCACCACACUUGCAGGCUAUCAGACCCUCGGAGAGGAGUAUGUCAACAUUGUCCAGGUGGACCCGUCACAGAGACGUGUGCCCUCCAGGCUCCGCCGUGGCAUGCUGGUGGCACUGCACACUGUCCUGCCCUACCUGCUGGACAAGACCCUGCUCCCUCUGGAGCAGGAGUUGCAGGCUGACGGCGAUGGUGUGCGGCUCUUGCAAGGCAGCCUGGUGCCCAGCGGAUGUAGCCGGUCAGGGGCGCGGCACUGGGUGCGCUGCCACGUGGCUGCCCUGACUGAGCAGCAGAGGAGGACGUUCCUGCGGACGGCCUUCGUCCUCAGACAGGGCCUGGCCUGCCUACAACGGCUCCAUGUCGCCUGGUUUUACAUCAGCGGUGCCUUCUAUCACCUGGCCAAGAGGCUCACAGGGGUCACGUACCUCCGUGUCCGCCACCUACCUGGAGAGGACCUGAGGGCUCGCGCCAGCUACAGACUGCUGGGACUGGUCUCCCUGUUGCACGUGGCGCUCUCCGUGGGGCUGCAGCUGUACGGUUUCCGGAAGAGGCAGCGAGCUAGGAAGGAGUGGCGGCUGCACCGACACCUGUCCCACCGCAGAAGCUCCAUGGAAGAGAGAACAGCCCCCAGACACCCGCUUUGUACUCUGUGCCUAGAGGAGCGCAGGCACCCAACGGCCACACCCUGCGGCCACCUCUUUUGCUGGGAGUGUAUCACCGAGUGGUGCAGCACCAAGACGGAGUGUCCCCUCUGUAGGGAGAAGUUUCCUCCCCAGAAGCUCGUCUACCUGCGGCACUACCACUGACAUGACAGCCAGGAGGGGAUACAGGAAGUGGAUGGAAGAACCCAGGAAUCUUUGAACAUCAAGGAAAAAAGAAUUUAUCCUCAAGGUUAACGUUACUUGCAUAGAAAUUAUAAAAUUCUCACAUACUGCUUUUUGUCACCAAAGAUACAGCACCAGCAGUCAGGUAGAGAACAAAAGCUGAAGCCAUAUGGAAAAAGGGCUGGCUCAGGGUCCUCGGGGCAGGGCACUGGCGGGUGGCCUCCAUCCUGCCUGGGGCAGAGGCUCAAAUGCUAGAGUGUUUCUCCACCCCCCAUUUAGAACAACUUGGUCACUUCGUUAGGAGUUACACUAAUUUAGACAAGGUUUUAGGUUUCCCUCCCUCCCUCAAACCAUAGAGUUGAGAACUAAUUUCAGAAAUGGGCCAGAACUCACUUGGGUGAGCGUGGUGCUGACAACACCAAGUCAAGGGUUAAGAUCCCCUUACUGGUCAUCUUUAAAAAUAAAAAAAAAAAAAAGUAGUAGGCCAGAAGAAAAUCUUAUUCCUUUACAAAUGAGAAAAUGAUGCCAGCGUCAGGCUGUGUUAAGGCAGCGGACUGAGUGUUAAGUCAGGACUGGGACACUGGGAAAUGUCGUGGUUUGCUUCAGCAAGUGCAGACAGAAAGGCAGCCCUCAGCCGUGGUGACAGGCGUCUCCCACAGGGCUGGCACAAGCUCACCUACCAGGACUUAUUGGGAAGACCAUGCAGGAGCAGAAACAGCAACCGAGGGCUGGGGUCUCCAGCUCAAAGCUGUGGCACGUGCCUUCCCACACAAGCCGCAUUUGCUUCCCACUUGAGAACAUGGAAGUCUCUGUCUUGGCCUCCACACAAACACAGAGAGGCCUCCUGCUCGGUGGGGCGGCGCUGGCUUGAGUGAGAAGUUUUCUGUUUUCUUAACACCUAACUAACUCUCAGAACACCUGGAUGCUGAGUU